GUAUGAUUAUGUUGACCAGUUGCUAGAACUGCCAACAACCCAACAAGCCUAGAUCAAUGACAAAAAAUGCUUUAAUGAGCUACAAGAUGGAUCUUUGAAGCUCUUGGAUUUGUGCAACAUUGCCAAGGAUGUCUUGUCACAGAUGAAAGAUUCUGUGGCCGAACUUCAAUCUGCUAUUUGUAGAAGACAGGAUGGUUUGGAAGGAGAAACCAGAAGCUACAUCAAGUCCAUGAAUACGGUUAAGAAAGCAAUCCUACAGUAAACAAGACAACUGAAUCUGCUGUUGUUGAGGUGUCUGAGUGCUUAUUGACAUUCAUUUCUUCUCAGUCAACCUCCACACCAAGCAGCUGAUAAAUUUUUUCGAAGCUGGAAACGGUUGCAAGUGAGAAUGAAUUCUCAGAGGUGGGUGCCUCUUUGAAGAGGAACAAGUCUAAUGACGAGGUCCAAGCUCAUCCGAAGAACUUGCAGCCAUGCAUUCAAGCUCUUGAAGCAACAGCGAAAAUAGUUUCUGCGAUCAUUACAGAUAAUCAAGCUAGUAAUAUCUAGCUGGAUAGCCUUCCAUUUCAUGACAGAGUUAUGAUUAAGAACACACAAGCCGAAAUCAAAGGCCAGCACACGGUAAGUUGAUUCAAGAAAACAAUGAAUGUCGGAGAAAUCAGUGAUCAGAAGUUCAGCGGACCUUCCACCUCCAUUACUGCAGCAACCGUGCAGAACAUAGAGCAGGCUUCAAGCCGUGCUGCUCAAGAGAUUGAAAUAAUAUCUAAUCCUGUAAAGUGGUCACUACCUUUCUCGGCCUUUUGGCUAAGAUCAAGUGUAGUAUCUGUUCUUAUCAGUUUAAUAUCUGAUACGUGGGCCAAUGGCCCACACGAUAUUAAAUUAAUUUUUAUAGGGGGAGAAAGCCCACUACUGAAGCUUGCUUUAGGGGCCUUCUCGCGUGUCGCCUAAACGUUGCACUACUGCUUGGGCCGGGCGCACUCCACCAAUUCUAGUCCAAUUUCUUUAUUUCUUCUGAAUUGGCCCUGUUGCUUAUUUUGAACUGAUUCUACUCAUACUUCCGUGUCUGAUUCUACUCAUCCUUCUCCACGUCUUUCUCAUAUCCACCAAGAAAACCAGAAAAAAAUGGCAGCUCUCUCUUUCCAUGCUAGGUCCAACAGUUUGCCUACAAGAUCACACCCUCUAGUUACAGAAAUCGAAGAGCAGGUCUGCAGGUUGAGACAAUCUCAAGCUGCUUCCACAUCAUCAUCAUCAUCCUUAGGCCGAAAUCUAAACGGUCUCCAGGAUGUGUAUGACUGUGUUGACCAGUUGCUCCAACUUCCAACAACCCAACAAGCCUUGAUCCAUGACCAAAAUUGCUUCAACGAGCUAUUGGAUGGAUCUUUGAGGAUCUUGGAUUUGUGCAACACGGCCAAGGAUGCCUUGUCCCAAAUGAAAGAGUCGGUCUCUGAGCUUCAAUCCGCUAUUCGCAGAAGGCAAGAUGGUCUGGAAGGAGAAACCAGAAGAUACCUAAAAUCUAGGAAGAAUGUUAUCAAAGCAAUCCAAAAGGUCUUGAAGGGUAUGGUUUGCAAGAAGUCUACUUCAUCAAACAACGUUGAGUCCAUAUCCAUGUUGAAGGAAGCUGAAUCUGCUGUUGUCGAGGUUUUGGGGUGCUUGCUCUCAUUCAUUUCUCAAACUAGCUCCAAGCCAAGCAGCUGGUCAUUGUUUAAAAGGGUUGCAGCAGUAGCAGCAACCGAUAAUGAAUUCUCAGAUGUCGAUGCCGCCUUGAAGAUGAACAACUCCAGUGAAGAGGUUCAAGUUCAACCCAAGAACUUGCAACCAUGCAUUCAAGAUCUUGAGGAAGGAGUUGAGAGCCUCUUCAGGCGUUUGAUUAAAACAAGAGCCUCCAUUCUCAAUAUCCACAAUCUGUAGUUACAUCAUUGAAACAAUACUUGUACAAGUUGUAUAGAAAAUUUUGAUACUGAAAUCCAUAAAUAUUGCAAUCUAUGAUCUAACUCGUAGUUAGGAGAGUGUAGGUUUAAGAAUUUUUUUUUUCCAUUAGAUCACUCUUCAGAAGAGAAAAUCGUUUAGAUACAUGGGGACUAAAAGGGUUAUAUUCCC